CCAAUUGAAAUUUAACAUUCCUCCCUUGGCCGACCCCGUUUCACCGUUCCGUUUCCGUUUCCGUAGUUUAUAAAGUUCGAUUAACCGCUGUCUGUUCUCUCUCUCUUUCCCCUUCCUGACCUUGAGUUCCGCCUCCACCGCAGACAUGGCAGACAUAGAGCAGCAAAACAAUGUCGAUGAAGAAGUAGUACCAAAACAGAGGACUAAACACAAGGGUAAACACGAUAAGGACAAGCCAUGGGAUGACCCCAGUAUCGACCAUUGGAAAAUCGAAAAAUUCGACCCUUCAUGGAACGAUUCUGGCUUGCUCGAUGUCAGCUCUUUCUCUACUAUCUUCCCCCAAUACAGAGAGAAAUAUCUGCAAGAUGUUUGGCCAACGGUAAAGGCUGCAUUGCGGGAGCAUGGUAUUUCAUGUGAGCUUAAUUUGGUUGAAGGAACUAUGACUGUUUCAACAACUAGAAAGACCAGAGAUCCAUACAUUAUAGUGAAAGCUAGGGACCUCAUUAAACUUUUGUCGAGAAGUGUUCCGGCACCUCAGGCAAUCAAGAUACUUGAUGACGAAAUGCAAUGUGAUAUCAUCAAGAUUGGUAAUCUAGUGAGAAAUAAGGCUCGCUUUGUGAAGCGGCGGCAACAUCUUCUUGGUCCCAAUAAUUCUACCUUAAAGGCACUUGAAAUCUUGACAGGCUGCUACAUCCUUGUUCAGGGAAACACAGUUGCAGCCAUGGGAUCUUUUAAAGGAUUGAAACAGGUCAGGAGAAUUAUAGAAGACUGCAUACAGAAUAAAAUGCAUCCAAUAUAUCACAUCAAGAUUCUCAUGAUGAAGAGGGAACUCGCAAAGGAUCCUGCCCUUGCAAGUGAGAACUGGGAUAGGUUUCUACCACAGUUCAAGAAGAAAAAUGUUCAGAAAAAGAAAGGCAAGGGUAAGGAGAAGAAACCUUACACACCGUUCCCACCUCCACAGCAGCCUAGCAAGAUUGACCAACAAUUGGAGACUGGAGAGUACUUCUUGAGUGAGGAAAAGAAGUCGGCGAAGAUGUGGCAAGAGAAGGAGGUGAAACAGGCAGAGAAAACAGCUGAAAACAAAAGAAAAAGAGAUGCUGCUUUUGUUCCACCUGAGGAAACUACGGCGGAAGGUGAUAAGAGUGCAACAGUUAGUAAAGGUGAUGUCAGUUCCAUGGCACAAUCAUUGAAGAAAAAAGCGAAAGAAUUUGGAAAGAAGAAAUCUGCCAACCACAUAGAUCCUCAAGCUUAUAUUGCUGGCUCCGAAGCACCGGCAAAGAAGAAGACCAAAAGCUCCAAAUCUUGAUCAUUAAUCCAUAUUUGUCAAUUUUGAUCUUAGUGAGACUGAUUACAUUAUGUUGAUGACUUGAUAUGAUUGCAAAGUUCAUAAAGUUUAACUUGACUUUAUACUCUGAAAUACUCUAAUUUUCGUGCAAUCAAAAGCCAAUGUCUUCAAUGCAAA